AUGACAUCCGUCUCAUUUACGGCGAAGGGACAGGCCACGCGGACUAUGAUCCAGGGCAGUCCUAAAAUCGCAAGAAGCGUUCAACUCAGUUGUGUAGGCGACUGGGGUCAGGCGAACUGGCACAAGAUCAUGUCUUGGAUCACGCAAGAGUUCUGUGAGAGAUGCGGCCCUCAGAGUCGUACAUGUAUCUGGAGCGUUCGCGGAGGUGGUAUGGACUCAAUAACUAUGGUCGACUCAGGGGAGGCGCAGAUCGCAAUUACGACACCGGCGGCGAUUCUUGCCACGGCAUUGAAUGGGACAGGUUUUUUCGCCGAUCAAGCUCCCAUGCCAGGUCUACGUGGCCUUGCUGUCAUUCCUCAAAACGAUCGGUUGGUUCUUGGUCUCGAUCCAAGUCUUGGAUGUAAGACCUUCGCCGAUAUCCGAGCGAAAAAGCCAAAGAUGAAAUUUGCCAUAGGACCAGAUGGAGACAGUCAGAUUGGAUGGUUGGCACAUCGAUAUCUUGAGGCUCAUGAUAUAUCGGUCAAUGAUAUCCGCGAGUGGGGAGGUGAGGUUGUUUUCGCCAAUCGGCCCGAAGAGUGUCUACUUCCAUGCCACGACAUCAGUCAAGGCUUCACUGCUGUGCUUCAAGAAGCCUUGACAACUCCCUGGUGGGGUGAACUGGUUGAUGGUGAGCGGAAAUUCAUCCCAAUCCCGGGAGAACCAGAAGCCUUGGACAAGAUGACGCCGAGUGGGAUCUCUCCCAGGCCGUUGCCACCAGGCUGGUGGAAGAAUCAACCUGAUGAACUCCCUGCAAUCGACUUCUCCGAUUUCGUUGUCUUUUGUCGAGAAGAUCUUCCUGAUGACGUGGCUCAUCUACUUGCUUGGAUCAUGACCGAGACCAAAAUCGUCCUCGAACGUCAGUUUCAUUCUUUCCCGGGCGAUCGAAGCCCUGUAGGCUGGCCGAUGGAUCCAAAAAAGAUGGCCAAAACAACAAUUCCUCUACAUCCAGGUGCCGAGAGAUAUUACCGGGAGAAUGGCUACUUGUGA